CAUUUUGGUACUAGUUUAUCAAAUAUGUUAGUGUUCUACUUUAACCAUGCAAUCAAAGUCAGGCUUGCUUGCAUGGGUGACACUGCUCAUUACUUAGCGAAUGGAAGCAAAGGAAGUUUUUACCGAGCAUGGAGUUCUUCCAUCCUGCUCGUCUCCUCCUCCUCCUCCUUUCGAUCUUAAGUCCACUCUCCCUGCUUAGCAGCGAUGGAGGCCACAAGUGCACGCCUUGGAGUUCCUGCUGGCCAAGCUCCACACUCUGGUCGGCUUUCAAUCGCUCCAUCGAUGGCCGCCUCCUCGCACCAAAGCCAUACGCCUGGCCGUGCCACACUCCGCAAUACGAUCCGGCCGCUUGCAGCGCUGCUAGGCAGCUCCAAAACAAUCCCUUCGCGCGAAGCGACGUGGUCGGGGCCAUGCAAACUCCAACCUGGGAGUCGGGCAUCGCUGGUCUCGGCUGUCCGCUGAAUGGAAGCGGCGCUCUUUCCACUCCCUGCUACCAGGACCAAGUCUCCGCGUACGCCAUCAACGUCUCCAGCGUCUCUCACGUCCAGGCCGGAGUUCUCUUCGCGCGAAAGUUUAACUUGCGGCUGGUGAUCAAGUCCACCGGGCAUGACUACUUUGGCCGGAGCACUGCCGCUGGUUCCCUGUGUAUCUGGCUCCACCACCUCACGGACAUCUUCACGGACGAUUCCUUCGUUCCCGAGAGUUGUCCGGGGAGUGAUCCGCUCGCUGCUGUGACUGCCCAGCCUGGAGUAACUUGGAAGUCUCUCUAUGAUUUCCUCGACCCCAGAGGACGAGUCGCCGUCGGGCCUAUGGCAUCCUCCCUGAGUGCUGCCGGAGGUUUCGUCCAAGGCGGUGGCCACGGGCCUCUGUCAAGAACUUUCGGCUACGCUGUUGACAAUACUCUCGAGCUCAAGGUGGUGACGGCUGAUGGACGAGUCCGAGUAGCCAACCAGUGUCAAAACCCGGAGUUGUUCUGGGCUCUCAAAGGUGGCGGCGGAGGGACUUUCGGUGUCGUGGUUUCCGCGACGUACCGGACUUUUCCUGAGCUCAAGCUUGGCUACCUUCACACACUGUUCAUCGCUGCGUCUUCCAGCCCCUCGAGCCACAGGGAUCUCGUCGCCAAGUUUGUGGAAGUCACGCCUGCCAUGGACGAAGCUCGGCUUGCCGGCUACUUCUACAUCUACACCAGCCUCGUAAUCAUCUCUUUCGUGCUGCCGAAUGGAACAGUCGCGGAAGCACAGGCUGCGUUUGCUCCCCUGGUUUCUUACGUCGAUAAGAACCCGGAGCUCUCGGUCGUCAACAACACCGUCACUUCCCACGACACUUUCGUCCAGUGGCAUGACGGAGUUCUCUGCGCAGUCAAUCCAGUACUGUGCACCGAUGCAACCGGCACAAGCGGGCUUUUCGCGACGCGGUUCAUGCCCAAGAAGAUCUUCCAGGAAUCACCAGCUGUGCUGACCGACACCCUCAUGCGAGUUCUGUUUGAACGUAACUUCAGUCCCAUCUUCGGCUUGUUUGUGUUUGGAGGCGCAGCAUCGAGCGUCCAAGGCAGGAACAAUGCCCUGAGUGCCGUCUGGAGGGAGGCUCUGUGGCAUGUACUUAUCGUUAGGACCUGGAACGAGAGCACGAGUGUGGAGGAGCGAUAUCAGUUUUCUCGAAGUCUCACCUCCACGAAUGGUCUGUUUCGAAGCAUCACGCCUGGCGGAGGGUGUUACAAGAACGAAGGAGAUUACUUCGAGCCAUACUGGGAGGAGUCGUUCUUUGGUGAGAAGUACUCGACGCUCAAGGCCAUCAAGGAGAGCGUGGAUCCGACUGGCCUGUUCUUGUGUUGGAAGUGCGUUGGAAGUGAAAGCCUGGUUCAAGGUGGAGCUUCUUAGAAAUUGUUCUUACGCAAGAGUAAAAGAGACUUACCAUUUCUAUCGCGGGAAAGUCGAGUAUAAAUGCUAGCCAAAACCGAUACGCGAAACAGGACAGUGCUGGC